CCAGUGCGUCGCCUGCAGCUGCGUGAGGAGCUGGAGCGCUCGGCCUGCGGGAGCGUCCUCUUCAACGGCUACUUGCCCCCGCCAGUGUUCCCCGCCAAGCGGCGUAACCGGCACAGCGUGGCAGGGCCGCAGGUGGCCGCCCGGCUCCACAGCGCCGCCGAGAGGGCCCCAGUUCGCCGCAGUAACACCCUGCCCCCCACGCUGGGCCAGGCCGGGCUGCUGGGCCGCCUGCUGGAGGAGCGGGGCCUCGGGGCAGGACCGGCCAGUGACCCCGGCAUGGUCCGAAUCGUCUGUGGGCACCACAACUGGAUCGCCGUGGCGUACGCCCAGUUCCUCGUUUGCUACAGGAUGAAGGAGACGUCGGGCUGGCAGCAGGGGUUCUGCAGCCCGCGGCUGGACUGGGUGAUCGAGCGGGUGGCCCUGAAUGCCAAGGUGCUGGGCGGGUCGCUGGGCGAGCAGGACAAGAUGGUGGCCGUGGCGUCCUGCAGCGAGAUCAUCCUCUGGGCCCUGCCAGCCGACGGCAACGGCAGCGAAAUCGGUG